AUGGCUCCCGUCACAGAAUUCAUCUCCCUAGACCUAAAGCCGGACCUUCCCGCCGCCGAAGCCGUCUCCAUUCUCGACACAACCGCCGCGACCCUAGUCGCGCAACCGGGGUGUCUGCGCGUGCGCACGUCCCGUCUGCACGAAGACGUCAACGCCGUGCGCAUCUUCGCCGACUGGGAGACCGUCGCCGCGCACCGCGCCUUCGAGAAGACGGAAGCGUACGCGCCGUUCAAAGCCCGCGUAUACGAGUCCGUCGCAUCGCCGCCCCAGCGCCCGUACCACGUCGAGUUUGCGCCGUUCCCGGUCGCCGCGCUCGACAACACGGGGCCCAGCAGCAAGACCCCGGUCGCCGAGGUCCUGCAUAUCUGGUUUGCGGGGGACUACCCCGAGGACGCGCGCAAGCGCACCAUGGACGCGGUAAUUGAAUUUACGCGGCGGAUGACGCUGUUUGCGGAGGGGUUGACGGGUGAGACGGCGCUGGGGUGGUCGGUCGAGCGGGAUAUUGACCGUGAUGGUGUGCCGAGUAGUACGCUAGUUUUGAUCCUGGGGUGGACGAGUGUUGAGGCGCAUAUGAAGGCGCGCGACCACCCUGAGUUUGCGAAGGUUAUUCCGAUGUUGACGGGCCUUGAGGGGUUGAAGGGUCUGGAGAUGAAGCAUGUGAGCAACACUACGGUUGAGCCAAGUAGCUAG